UGCUGAGUUUAAAGAUCAAGAACUUUUUCUUUCCUUGAGAGGGCUCCAGAGGGCGCACGAGGACAUUUGGCCGCACCUCCUUGCCAUCUACGAGGCUGGCCCAACCCCGACACCUCUUCAGUACAGGCCAGGAGACUGGGUCUACGUCAAGAGGCACCACCGAGAGACCCUCGAGCCGCCCUGGAAGGGACCAUACACCAUGGUGCUGACAACCCCCACUGCUCUCAAAGUAGACGGCAUCGCGACCUGGGUCCAUCACACCCACGUUCGGCCAGCAGACCCCUCCUCGAUCCGGAAGGACUUCGUCAUGCGAUGGGCUGUCAAUUGGGACCACCACAACCCGCUCAAGCUCAAGCUACAGCGCAUUCGACCCACCUAAUUUGGUAACUCUGUUAGCUCUGUUUGGCACUGCUCAUGCUGCCGAGAGUCCCCAUGCCCCCCAAAACAUCACCUGGCAGAUCAUAGACACCAGUUCAGGGACAAUACUUAAUCAGACUUCCCAGAGCCACCCCAGGGACACUUGGUUCCCAGAACUUUGUGUAUAUCUCCAAACUCUGUUCCCCUUGUCACCAUACGCCCCUGGAUUCCAUGCGCAGAACCUUUAUUUCUAUGUCUGCCCUGGCCACUCUCGCUCGAGCACAUGCGGGGACGUGGCUGACUAUUUUUGCGCCCCCUGGUCAUGUGUCUCGAUGGGGCACAUCUAGUGGACCCCACCACGCACCAGAGAUCUCAUCGUGGUAAUGCGGCCCAGUGGCCCCCAACCACCAUAUGUCUGGGGGUGCGGUAAUCCCAUAGUUAUAUCCUUUACAAGCCAAGGUAAAAAAAACAACAGGAUGGGAGAGUGGAAAAACAUGGGGACUCAGGAUAUAAGACCAGGUUAGGUCGGGAGCCAAAGACAAGGGAGUAUUAUUUACCCUCUGAAUGCAAGCGACUCCCCUUACCCAGCAGUCCACCACGAGGGUAGGACCCAACCAAGUACUAGUUCCCCAACCUGCCCCCACCCAGAUGGCCACUCCCAGAAACACCCAGGCCCCAGCCACACGGCCCUCCACAUCCCCUGUCCCUACUAGAGAGUCACCUGCAUCUCCUGCCCCGGGUCACAACUUACUAUCUGAUGCAGACCUCCUGUGGAGCACGGUUGUCGGAGCAUACCAGGUACUAAACACUUCUAGACCCAACCUGACCAAGGCCUGUUGGCUCUGUCUAGAUGUCUGGCCCCCAUAUUACGAAGGUAUUGCCAUUAAAGGCAAUUAUACAACAGCCUCCAACUCUAGCUCCUGUAGAUGGCAGCAGGCUACUGCAAGGCUAACCCUCCAGGCGGUAACGGGGCAAGGCACUUGUAUAGGCCACGUACCCCCCGAGCAAUCACAUCUCUGUAAUGAAACCCAAACAGUCCCCAGGGAGACAGUGUAUCUACUCCCCCCCAAAAAUGCAUGGUGGGCCUGUUCCAGUGGCCUUACUCCCUGUGUCCACUCCCAGGUCCUUAACGCCUCGAAAGAAAGCUUCUGCCUACUCGUGCAGUUGAUCCCCAAGUUAGUGUACCAUUUGUGGGGAGAAAUACUUAACAGGUUAGGCUCUGCUAACCCCCGAAGUAAAAGAGAGCCUAUUACAACCUUAACUCUGGCUGUGCUCUUGGGAUUGGGAUUAGCGGGGGCGGGGACCGGAAUAUCCUCACUCAUCAUCCAGGACAAAAACUACGGAACCCUAAGGGCAGCCAUUGACUUAGACAUAGAAAGAAUUGAAAAAUCAAUUUCUCAUUUACAGGAAUCCCUUACUUCCUUAUCAGAACUAGUACUCCAAAACAGAAGGGGAUUAAACUUAUUAUUCCUGCAGCAAGGAGGACUAUGUGCAGCCCUAGGGGAAGAAUGUUGCCUCUAUGUUGAUCACUUGGGGAGUCGUAAAAGAAUCUAUGGCCCUCAUAAGGGAACAGCUGCAAAAACGGAAGUUAGAGAGAGAAUAAUCUCAGUCCUCAUACGAGUCUUUGUUCAACUGGUCUCCCUGGUUAACUACCCUCAUCUCGGCCCUUGCCAGACCCCUCACCAUCCUGCUCAUACUAGCAACCCUUGAACCCUGUAUAAUCAACAGACUGGUCCGGUUUGUCAGGGACCGCGUGGGGUCCAUCCAACUAAUGGUCCUCUGUGCUAAGUGCAAGCCCCUAAAAACAGAAGAGGACAAAAUAGAAAUGCAGCUGGUCCCAUGAUUGGGUCAGCAAGCUACAUGAUGAGGGGGAAUGAAAGAGCGGACCUAUGCCGGCCAACUCCAUCUUGUUCUGUGUCCUCCACCUUGAGUGACUAUGUCCCUGACAUGGCCCCCUUUCCAGGAAAAUCGCAGAAACCUCAGACCAGGCCUCCUUCCCUUGAGUAACCUCCUGCUCACCUGUUCAAAUUUCCCGAUCAAAACACACCCAGCAACCUGCAUAUUGGGACUCCGACCCUUCCCCAGCCAAUUGGCUGAGGCCACAACCCUUCUCCAGCCAAUCAGCUAAGGCCACAACCAUUACCUCACCAACUGCCCCUAGACCCCUAUAAAACCUUUGUGCUUUUGAAACUCACUGGCUCUCUCCAGCAUCUCACCACUGCGUCGGUGCAGCAUGCGGCUUCCUGACCAGCCAGGGAGGAAACCUGGGAGGCACGAUGGGCCACGUGGACCCCCGCCGGCACUAACAGGAGCAGCAGAGACUACCAUGUAACAUGAACAAAGGUCCUCCUGAUGAACGUCUUCCAACAACUUCUCAGAGACGAGGCCUGAAGAACUUCGGGAGCCCAGUGCACACGGGGCGUGUCGGGAGCUGGAUACGAAUGCCUCCGUGCUUAGCUGCAGAGCCUCUGGUGUGCCAUGCAGCAUUUGUUAGGAAAAUGAAGAAUUGGUCAAGAAAGCUUGCAUUCAAGCAAACCAUGAAAAUCGAUAUUUUAUGUAGCAUUCCUCCCACAUUUGAAUACUUUUCAUUGUUGAGCAAUAAACUCUGUUCUCUCUAAAGAGCAUAAAAUGAA